CAAAGGAAAAGAAAAGGAGAGAAGGAAAGCAGAGCCAACAAUGGCAGCAAACAUGAUAGUAUCAGUGUUGUUAGGAGGGCUUGUGCUAUUGCUACUAUACCUCUACGAGUCUUUGGUUUUAAAGCAAAAGAGGCUAAGAUCAAAGCUUGAGAAGCAAGGGAUCAGAGGGCCUUCUCCUUCCUCAAUUUUCUUGGGAAAUAUCCCAGAAAUGAAGAGGAUGGUCAAACUCGAGGUGAUGAAGUCAAAGGACCGCCAUCUUUCCAUUGCUCAUGAAUGGCCUUCAAAGCUGUUCCCUUAUCUGCUCCAGUGGAGAAAUGAAUAUGGGACAAAUUUCACCUAUUUAAGUGGAAGCAUACAGCAAUUAGCAGUGACAGAUUUAGAAAUGGUGAAGGAAGUUAGCUUAUGUACAUCUUUGAACCUAGGGAAGCCUGGCUACGUAUCUAAGGAUCGCAAGUCACUUUUCGGUCAAGGCAUUAUAGCUGCAAAUGGCCCAAUUUGGUACCACCAAAGGAAGAUUAUUGCUCCUGAGUUCUACUUUGAUAGGGUUAAGGGUAUGGUGGAAUUGAUGGUGGACUGUACAACCAUCAUGUUAAGAUCUUGGGAGAGUAAAAUCGAAGGCGAGGGAGGAAUUGCAGUCUUUGGAGUUGAUGAGGAUUUGAGAAGCUUGUCAGCAGAUAUAAUAUCAAGAACAUCCUUUGGAAGUAAUUAUUCACAAGGCAAAGAAAUUUUCUUAAAGCUCAGAACUCUUCAGAAAAUCAUGUACCAGGGACACAUUGGGAUUCCAGGUGCAAGAUACUUGGCAACCAAAAACAACAGAGAGAUUUGGAGAUUAGAGAAAGAGAUUCACUCAAUGAUAUUAAGGGUAGCGAAGCAACGCAGUGCUGAGGCAACUUAUGAAAAGGACCUUCUCCAAAUGAUUAUCGAGGGAGCCAAAAAUUAUGGAGAUACUGACAACUUAUUUUCAGGCAUCUCCCAGGAUAAUUUCAUAGUGGAUAAUUGCAAGAGUAUAUACUUUGCUGGCCACGAAACCACUGCCAUCACAGCAUCAUGGAGCUUGAUGUUACUAGCUGCAUAUCCAGAGUGGCAAGCUCGUGCCCGUGCUGAGAUACUUGGAAUUUGCAUGGAUCGCAUUCCAGAUGCUGAUAUGCUUCGAAGCAUGAGAAUACUGAAUAUGGUGAUUCAAGAAACCUUGCGCUUGUACGCGCCGUCAAUGUUUGUUGGAAGAGAAGCCUUGGACGAUAUUGAGCUCAACGGCAUUCUAAUUCCCAAAGGAACGAACAUUCAGAUUCCAAUCCCAAUACUGCACCGGCUGCCUGAUAUCUGGGGGCCUGAUGCCCUUGACUUCAAUCCAAAAAGAUUUGAGAAUGGAAUUCUUGGGGCUUGCAAGUUUCCUCAGGCUUAUAUGCCAUUUGGUGUUGGUUGCUCGAAUUUGUCUUGGCCAACACUUAGCCAUGACAGAAUUGAAGGUGAUUUUGUCUCUUAUUUUAUCCAAGUUUUGCUUCACACUCUCCCCUGCAUACCAACACUGCCCAACUGCUAGUAUGGUUAUUGAACCUGAACACGGAGUAAGUCUCCAAGUGAGGAGAGUGUGAUACUUACUAGUUCUGUAAUAGCAUGUUGUGGACGGCCGACUUUAUCAUUGCGCAUAUAUAUUGGCAAUUUUUAACCUGUGUUUCACCUGUGAACAUUGAAAAAAAUGAAGGAAGAGGUCUUUUUGUUUCAUUCUUCUUACUUGUAAGCUAGAUGUAAGAUGCAA